GGGUUGUUGUUGUUGAGUUGGUUGUUAUGGCUGGACGAGGCCUCGGACUAAAUUGAGAAAGGACUCCCCCCUCUGCCACGGGACACCGGCCAUGGAGGGCAUGGAUAUGGACGUAGACGCGGAGCUCAUGCAGAAAUUCAGCUGCAUGGGCACCACGGACAAGGACGUCCUCAUCUCAGAGUUUCAGAGACUCCUCGGGUUUCAACUCAACCCAGCUGGCUGCGCCUUCUUCCUCGACAUGACCAACUGGAACCUGCAGGCUGCAAUAGGCGCAUAUUAUGACUUUGAGAGUCCCAAUGUCAACACGCCAUCCAUGUCCUUCGUGAAGGAUGUGACGAUCGGGGAAGGAGAGUCUGUCCCUCCAGAUACACAGUUCACAAAGACCUGGAGAAUACAAAACACAGGUGCCGAAUCAUGGCCACCCGGUGUUUGUCUCAAAUACAUCGGGGGAGACCAGUUUGGGCACGUGAACAUGGUCAUGGUAAAGUCUUUAGACCCCCAGGAAAUAUCAGAUGUGAGUGUGCAGAUGCGUAGCCCCACUGCUCCAGGCAUGUACCAGGGCCAGUGGAGGAUGUGUACAGCCACUGGACUCUUCUACGGAGAUGUGAUCUGGGUGAUCCUGAGUGUGGAAGUAGGGGGUCUUCUUGGUGUGACUCAGCAGCUGUCCUCCUUUGAGACUGAGUUCAACACACAGCCCCACCGCAACGUCCAGGGAGACUUCAACCCCUUCGCCUCGCCUCAGAAGAACAAGCAUGAGGGCAGCGACAACAGUCUCAAAGACCCCGGUGGAGCCUGGGAGGGCAUGCAGGAGCCCAUCCAGGAUCAAAAUGGACUGUCACAUAAUGCUGUAAAUAGGGCAUCAAAUGGUCUUCAGACAAAUCUUACAGUCAUGACUUAUGGUCAGGGUAUUAAUGGACCCUAUCCAUUUGGACAGAGCUAGAACGACCGAAACAGCCGUGGAGGAUAAGGAGCUGAGCAGGCCCUGCAGGGGUGGGGAACAAACAGUUGUUUAAAUACUGACUCUGGACAACCCUUUACCCCAGCCGCUGGCCCUGUCCACAGAAACACAUAGUACAGUGCGGACAUGGAUUACAUGCACUGCAACGCAACAGCCCCACCCUAACGUUAAUACCUGGAUCCGCAUGUGUGAAUGCUUCAUUGAAGCAUGAUUUAAAUCUUAAAAACAAAAAAAACAAAAAAAAAACACACACACAAAAAAAAAAAAAAAGAGAGAGAGAGAAAUUUAACACAAAGCUAUUUUUUAUUUUUCCGCUGUUUAACACGCCUAAUCAAAGGGGAAAACGACCCCAAACAUUUUGCAUACAAUAUGUCGUUCCCAUGAUCAUGGACAAUUGAAUACUUUGGAGCUUCAACAGCCGUCUACAGGGUUCCUACACAGUAAGGUCUGGAAAAGUACGAAAAGGGAAUUUGAGCACUAAAAAAAGCCAAUAGAUACUCAUUCAAGCGCUGGAAAAGUUUUCAGAUUUGACAAAGACAUGGAAAAUGAUGGGGGGACAGAGUUCAGGCUUAAUACAGCUGUAUACACAUGUCCAUUUCCGACCUUUAUUUUCCUGAAUUGUGACAGUUUUUGAUGCGAAGCAUCACUAUAUUUAAAGUUGAAGUUGGAAGUUUACAUACACCUUAGCCAAAUACAUGUAAACUCAGAUUUUCACAAUUCUCGACAUUUAAUCCUGGUAAACUUUCCAUCUUAGGUCAGUUAGGAUCACUACUUUUAUUUUAAGUAUAUGAAAUGUCAGAAUAUUAGUUGAGAGAAUUAUUUUUUUCAUCUUUUAUUUCUUUCAUCACAUUCCCAAUGGGUAGACGCUUACGUCUUCUUUUAGCUUGUUUCCUGUUUCUCAGGGGUUGCCACAGCGGAUUUUAUAGUUUCCAUCGGUACCCUGUGUGGGCACAGCACCAAUGGCGGUUGUGGUUAACCCGGGCCUCUAUCAGUCUGGUAUGGUCUUGUCAAUCUGCAUAAUGAUUUGGAAAAUGUUUACGUCAGAUGCCCUUCUUGACACAACCACUAACCCUGUGGAUGGGGCUAUAGGUAAAGCGCUGGCUGCCAUCCCAGUAUUCAUGAACUUGCGCCCAUGCCUGUCGCCAAAGUGAUUCAGAAGUUUACAUACAUUUAGUAUGUAAAGGCGACACGGUAGCCCACUGGUUAGCACUGUUAGCUCACAGCAGGAAGGUCCUGGGUUUGAAUCCCAGGCUGUCCCAGGUCCUUUCAGUAUGGAGUUUGCAUGUUCUCCCCGUGUCUGCAUGGGUUUUCGUCCGGGUGCUUCAGUUUCCCCCCACCAUCAAAAAGACAUGCAUGUUGGGGUUAAUACUCCUGUCUGUGCCCCUGACCAAGGCAAUUUAAAGAAGAACUGAAGUUGGUUCCCAGGUGCUGCAGCUGCCCACUGCUCCUAUACAAUAGGAUGGGUUAAAUGCAGAGAACACAUUUUAACCUGUACAAUGAUAAAAUAAAGUGGCUUUCUCCCCAUUUAAUAUUUGGUAGCAUUGCAUUUAAAUUGUUUAGCUUGGGUCAAACAUUUUGGGUAGCCUUCCACAAGCUUCUCACAAUACGUUGCUGGAAUUUGGCCCAUUCCUCCUGACAGAACUGGUGUAAUUGACUCCUUGCUUGCACACACUUUUUCACUUUUGCCCACAAAUUAUCUAUUGCAUUGAGAU